AUGCCUCAACAGCCCUCUCGCGGCCCAUCUCCAAACACAGCCAUUGCUCUUUUGCUCCUGCUCUUCGUUGCCUUCUUCCCGGGCCUGUUCCACAGCAUCUGGACUCUGCCGUUCCGACUCCUGCCCGUUUUCCGCUCACCAUCUCAAGGGUACACCGGCACAGGCAGGAUGACUUGGUUCCAGAAGCAGUUUACUCUGCCGGCCAAGUCUCGCGGUUCCUACCUCAUAACCGACCAGGUAGUUGGUGCCCUUCCCGAGAUACGAGACUACAAAGUCGGGUUGUUGAAUUUAUUUGCGCAACAUACCAGUUGCGCGUUGAGCCUAAACGAGAACUGGGACGAGGAUGUGCGGGCUGAUAUGAGCGAUGCACUGGACCGUAUUGCUCCGGCAGAAGGCCCCAAGGGAGAGGCUUUAUACAGACACGACGCCGAGGGUCCGGAUGACAUGCCGGCUCAUAUCAAGUCAGCCUUGAUCGGCGCGAGCGUGACCAUCCCUAUCAAGGAUGGAAAGCUAGCUACUGGGACAUGGCAAGGCAUCUGGUACCUUGAGUUCCGUACUAGCAAGCACCAACGGCGUAUCAUGGCCACUAUUCAGGGGGAAAGAUCAUAG